AUGGUUGAUUUUGAUGUCAUAAUGGGUAUGGAUUGGUUAGCUUCUUGUUAUGCUACAGUAGAAUGCCGAACUAAGAUGGUGCAUUUCCAUUUUCCAAAAGAGGCAGUCCUUGAAUGGAAAGGUAAUAUUAGGGCGCCAAGAGAUCCACCAACUCUUCAAUCUGUUCCGGUGGUAAAUGAAUUUCCUGAUGUAUUUCCUGAAGAUCUUCCAGGUUUGCCUCCAGAACGAGAAGUAGAGUUUGGUAGUGAUAUAAUUCCAGAUACUCAACCUAUCUCCAUUCCUCCAUAUAGAAUGGCCCUGGCAGAAUUACGGGAGUUGAAGGAACAAUUAAAUGAUUUGUUAGAAAAAGGAUUCAUAAGACCUAAGGACCAUGCUAAUCACUUGCGGCAGGUGUUACAGAUUCUUCGUGAUCGAAAGUUGUACGCAAAGUUCUCUAAUUGUGAGUUUUGGUUAAGAUCUGUGGCAUUCUUGGGGCAUAUUGUAUCUGAUGAAGGAGUAAUGGUUGAUACCCAAAAGAUAGAAGCUGUGAAGAACUGGCCAAGACCUACAACACCUACGGAGGCAAAUGUUGUAGCUGAUGCUUUAAGUCGUAAAAUGAUGGCAAGCACUUAUGAGCAGUCCAUAGGAGGGCAGCAAAUAACUAAAGAUCUACGUCAAUUAGCUAGCUUGGGGGUUUGCCUUCUUGAAUCUCCAGAUGAAGGAGUUAUUAUGCAAAAUGCUCCAGAAUCCGCAUUUGUAACAGAGGUGAAAGAGAAGCAGUACACGAAUCCUAUCCUAUUACAGCUUAAGGAGAAUGUACAACAAGUUAAAGUAGAGCACCAGAAGCCUGGAGGUUAUAUGCAGCGUAUAGAACUUCCAAUUUGGAAGUGGGAUAUGAUUAAUAUGGAUUUUGUCACUGGUUUGCCUCGCUCAUUUCGGAAGUUUGAUUCCAUAUGGGUGAUUGUUGAUAGACUCACCAAAGCAGCGCACUUCUUACCGGUCAAGACUACUUAUACAGUUGAAGAGUAUGCAAAGUUGUAUAUUAAAGAGAUAGAUCGGCUACAUGGAGUGCCAAUCUCUAUUAUAUCUGAUAGAGGAGCUCAAUUCACCGCGAACUUUUAG